GCGUGUGUAUGGAGCUGUCAAACGAUUUCGCCUUAUUCGCCGCGUACCGAAACGGACAGCCGCAGUCUCGUCGGACGCCUCAUACCAAGCAGGUGGGCAAAAAGCGGCCUAAAGCGUAACCAUACAGUGGCCAGUGCGUUGGAACAUCCGGACCGUAUUUUGCGAAUUCUGCAUUCCCCGCAACAACAGAAAAAAAGCACAGUGUCGGUCGUGAGUGUACACGUGUGCGUGUGUGUCCCCGGGGGAAAAGACGAACACCGGGACAGGUGCGGCCUCCGUCUUUGCUGCGUCCCGUGCAGCUUCUUCCUUCUGUGUUUUUUUUUGCGUGUGUGUAGUUUUGCUAUUCUUGCCUGCUCCAAAAGAACCAACACAACGACAAUCACGCACGCACACACACACGCGCACGCACACAGUUUUCGCAUGGUUCCUCCCCAAACGGACGGUUUCCGUUGCGUUGGCGAUUUGUGUCGUUUCCGAGAGGGGGCCGCAGCUGCUGCUGGCGGAUGGUCUCACCUGCACGCUCUAGUGAUCGUAACGGCUCUGCCUGCAGACGUUUGUGCUUCGUUUUAGUGCUUCUUGUUGUGAAUGUGAAUGUGUUAGGAAAAUUGUGAUCCCAUUCACCGUUGUACGUAAACCGUAAUAUAGCUAUUCUUUCAGCCACGCGGUUUUUCAUUAAGCUUCGUGCGAAAGCGUCCUUUAAACAAAAUUCCCCAUCGCCGGGGGGAGGUGUAAAAAGAGAAAAAAUUUAAGCUUCGGCUGUGAAACAAAAAUCGUUCGUACCGCCGUGGUGUUGUGACGGAAAGAAGCGUCUAGUGAUAACAACGCCGAAAACCAAAAUCGACAAGCAAAAUUUGAAGGAAACAAUACGAGACAACAGAACACCGCAACAAUCAAACUCAAUCCACACACGGGGUGUGCUUUUUUUUGCAAUUGCAAUUUCAUUUUCUUCCCCCUACCCCCCGCCCGUCAAGAGCCCGUUUGUAAUCGAAAAACGUGCAGAAGGAGAAACGAAUGGGAACAGAGCAGAACAACAUGGAGCUUUUCGAGAAGGGAAACAUCAUAUACAUCAAGCGAAGCGAUGGCCGCAUCCAUACGGCGAUCGUGUCACGGUUCCACGAAGCGACACGCUCCGUCACGGUCGAAUGGUACGAGCGGGGCGAAUCGAAGGGCAAGGAGAUCGAGAUCGAUAUGCUGCUCGAGCUGAACAAAACCCUCCAGCAUCAACCGCAGCAGCAGCACACGCUGGAAGCGGUACCGGAAACGAGCAGCGAGAUGUUACGGGAAACGCCCGCACCCGCCAACCUAGCACGCCGUUCGAGUUCCGUCGAAGAUGAAGAGGAUUCCCAGCCAGAACAAACGAAUCCGACCCAAGCAAUAAUACGCUACAAUAAUCUAAUGGCGCAACGUGCCGAAUCGGGCAAAGCUGGACAACCGGUACCGUCGGCAUACAAUCGGGCCACGAUCGUCACCGGUCAGUCAAACCGUCCGGAGCAGUCCGGUACCGGGCGCACCACCAAUGCCGCACGGAACAUUACCAAUAGCAAUCACACUACACGUUCUACAAUAGUCAAUAGCCGAACAGAACAAACAACUGAAUCCAGAGCACAGCAAAAGGCUCUAGGAAGAAUGUCUGUCAGCAACAACGUUCAGCAGCAGCAGCAACAGCAGCAACUGCAGCAACAGCAGCAGGCGGCGGCCACAGCAGCGGCGGCACAGGUGGCCACAAACAAUUCCGUGGCCGGUUCGAUACCGCGCAAAUCAUCGUGCGUCGUUACGGUCGGCAUGAUGGAGGAGAACCGUAUCAAGCAGCGGGACAAAUUUAAGGAGAUGCGCGAAAAGAAGAACGCCUUAAUGAACCAGGACGGUGGUAAUCCGAACUGGGAGUUUAUCAACAUGAUCCGGGAGUAUCAGAACACGAUCGACUUCCGGCCGUUGGUGGAGGGUCAACCGGUCGACAUACACCAGAUAACGGUUUGCGUGCGAAAGCGACCGCUCAACCAGAAGGAAAUGACGCGCAAGGAGGUGGACGUGGUGUGCAUACCGAACAAGAACACGCUGAUCGUGCACGAACCGAAAGCGAAGGUCGAUCUAACGAAGUACCUCGACAAUCAGAAGUUCCGGUUCGAUUACACCUUCGACGAAACGUGCUCGAACGAGAUGGUUUACAUGUAUACGGCAAAACCAUUAGUCCAGGCGGUGUUCGAAGGCGCGAUGGCAACCUGCUUUGCGUACGGACAGACUGGUUCUGGUAAGACGCAUACGAUGGGUGGUACGUUUAACGGGCGCACCCAGGACAGUAAGAACGGCAUCUACGCGCUAGCAACCCGGGAUAUCUUCGAACUGCUGCAAAGCCCUAAGUACAGGUCUAACAAUCUUGUCGUGUCGGCAAGCUUCUACGAAAUCUAUUGCGGCAAUGUGUUCGAUCUACUGUCGAACAAGAACAAGGCCCGCGUGCUGGAGGAUGGAAAGAAACAGGUACAGGUCGUUGGCUUGACGGAGAAGGAAGUUUACUCGGUGGACGAGGUACAGGCCAUCAUUAGCGGUGGCAGCAACUUGCGAACGUCCGGCCAAACAGCGGCCAACUCAAACUCGUCCCGUUCGCACGCCAUCUUCUCGCUCACGCUACGCGUAAAAGGUAGCGCCAAGGUGCACGGCAAAUUUUCCUUCAUCGAUCUGGCGGGCAACGAGCGGGGUGCGGACACCGUGUCGGAAAAUCGACGCACCCGCUCGGAAAGUUCGGAAAUCAACAAAUCGCUACUGUCACUGAAGGAAUGCAUUCGGGCGCUCGGGCGCAAAAAGCAUCUGCCGUACCGUGGCAGCGUCCUAACCAAGGUGCUACGCGAUUCGUUCAUCGGUAAAAACAUUCGCACGUGCAUGAUUGCGAUGAUUGCGCCGGGGAUGACGUCGUGCGAACACACGCUCAAUACGCUCCGGUACGCCUACCGCGUGAAGGAGCUGGCCGUCAUCGAUCCGGACGAGCGGGUCGAUCCGGAAGAGGAUCUGAUAGAGGGUGACGAACCGACCAAUGGCGGUGCGCACAACUUUAACGACCUAGAACAGUUACGCUCACUCAACGAACACGAAAUGACGAUGGAGUUGUACAAUCAGCAUAAGGCCAUAUCGGAUUUGCAGCAGAAGGAGGAGGAAGUGUUGGAUAAUCAUCAGAGAGUAAACGAAUUUCUGGAAAAGUUCUUGCCCGAAACAAUGGAACUGUACAACCUCACGAACUUGGUAGACUACGAUCAAGAUGCCUACUGCAAGCGCGGAGAGGAGCUGUUUACGCAGCUUGCCGAAGUUGCCAACUCGUUCAAGGAUUUAAUGUCCGAGUUCCGUGCGAAAUUGGCACAGGAGGAGAUGGUGUCACAAGCAGCCAAAUUGAGCCAUCACAAGUAAAACUGGCAAAGCGCCCGGACGGUGAUUGGGAGUGUUUUGAUGAUCGCCUUAACCCAAUACUAAUACUACAAACACAAAACAAACUGAGACAAAACCUACAGGCGAUCUGUUAUAGUCUUGUUAGCUGUUGACGGCCUUCUCUCGUAAGAAACAAAACAAAAAGGAGAACAAGCGCUUGAACUAAACAUCCUUUUAAGAAUGAAAAAAAAACGUGAAGUAAAACAGCAAACACCAUCAAAACAAAAUUGCCCGAAGGAGGAUGGGGGAACACGUGCUAAGCUUUGCGUUAUAUAACAUUAGUGUCGUAAUUUAUUUCUUUUUUUUUUAUUUGAACUGUCUUGUUGCUUUCAAGUAAUUGUUUUCACUGUGUCGCAAGAGAAGCGUUCUCUUUUCUUUUGUAUGUUCUAUGUAUUUUUUAAAAAAAUAUUUUAUUUACAUAAUAUUCAUCUGCUCCCGCGUCUAAGAUUAAGUACAUUUUGUCCGAGCAUGUUUCUUUCCAAUGCUUUCGUGCGAUUCUCCUUUCGUUCUUCUUUCCCAAAACUGGUUUAAAAAGCGUUUAGUAAAAGGCACAUCACCACAUGGUGCCUGGGCAUGAUGGGUUUGAACUGUGUUAGUAAGUCAUUGUAUGAGAGAACCAAAAAAAAAACAAAGAAGGAGGCACCAAGUUCAGCAGAAGAACAUUCCUAAAGGCGGCUUCGUUGGUUGAACAAUUCUCAAGAGAUUAGCUAAUCAUCAGCGUAACUAAAGAUGAUACUCUUAUAUAGACAUGGGUGUGUGUGUGUGUGUUGCUUUAUAGCAUACCGGGGAAAACGGAAGUUAUCGGUCUUUUGGUUUACGUUAGAAGUGCUUUUCACUUUUCCGAUGAGUCAGUGUACCGGGUGCUAGCAGUAUAGUAUAUAGUAUUAAAACUCGAUUGCUUUGCAAAUUUAACAAAAUUUACCAAAAAAAAAGAGAAGGAAAACACACAAACUUUACAACAAAAAAAAACUCCCAACAGAAGGCAUUCCUUUCGACACAAAAUAACUCCAUGCUAGAACAGACAUAGAGAAGGAGCGAAAUCGAGCACGUGUGUGAAUGCGAACGCGAACGAGUGAACGAGAGAGAGAGAGAGAGAGAAUAUCCGACUUAAUAAUCCGUUCAUAUCAAGAUAUUAAUUUUUGUUUAAGUAUGUUCACAAAGCUGUAGUUAUUUUACAAUUGUAAACGAUACUGCAGAUUCGGUAAGCAGAACCACACGCAGUCAAACUAAUAAUUAACAAACAAACAAAAAAACACCAUCACUGAUUAAUCACUUGAGCAACAAAUCCGAUUUCGCCCCCGGGGGGAUUUAUUUGACAGAUUACAGGAAGCGUCUAUAGAAGUAGAACUGACCCCCCAAAAACACACGAGUGCGAGAAGCAACAACAAGAAAAACACACGAAACUUCUGAUGGGGUGCAUCGCGAUAUGCUAUUUGUAAUUACAGAGUGAUGAUGGCGAAUCCUCUACUAUUGUUGUAUUAUUAUUAUUACAUAAACAAUAUUAUUAUUAUUAUUAUUAUCGUAAUUAUAUAAAGUAAUGUAGUACUGUGUCCUAAUGAAAGCAAUUUCUGUACCGGAUCGCGCAAAUCAACGUGAUAUGUUAAUGCGGAGGGCGAGAGAAAAGAAAACAACAGUAAAAUGACAUACGAUUGAGACAUUAUAUAGGCAAACAACACAUUAUAAAAUUAUGGCGCAGAAAAUAUGGCUACGAGGGCGCAUGCUCAGGGCAAGGUGUUUAUGAUUUAGGACGUGACUGUAUGCUUGUGUGAUGUGUGGCGUUGGGCUUACCGUUGACUCCCUAUGGGAACAACAGGAGAGCUAUUAAUAGGGAGUUUGAUAAACAAAAAAAGAAAUGUUUUUUUUUGAAACAUUCGUUCCUGUCUGUUUUUUAGUUUUGUCCCGUAAGCACCUUUAAAAGAAAAGACAAAGCAAGCUAAUAACACAUACGUAGAUCGCAAAUGUACGAGGUUUUUACCCUCAGGUGUCUCUAGCGCAGAGGUGCAGUGAGUGAGUGGAAGAGAUGCCAACCCAGCCAACACUUGUUAGACGUUACAAGUGCAUUGUUAGGGUUGUGCAGGACGGGGCCAUAAAAGGGCCACAAACGCCGCGAACAUAAAAAAAAACGAUUCCAUUACGGUAUGGAAUAUUGUUUUUUUUUCUCCAAAAAUUCGGAAGUGAUAAGAUUCUUCCCUCUCUCUCUCUCACACACACACACACUCACACACACACAAUCUUACACCUAAUGCCACGCUGUGUAAAAUAUGCUCUCUUUAUCUGCUGUAGAACAAACGAAUGCUUUUAAAUCUGUGUUAAAAUAUUAAGAACAAAAAAUCCAACAAAAAUGUAAAACAUGUUAGUUUUCACCCAUUCGUUUCGAACUCUUUUUGUGGAAAAGAUGUUUUUUUCUUCUUUUUUUGUUACUGUCCCACAUUUUCUCCUAAUUUAUCUUUUAUCGCAACGGGUUUGCAUACGAAGGAAGAGAAAGAGCAAAAAGACAUUAAAAACAUUGUUGAAGUGUAAGCUUUUAGUUUAGUGUACACAAACUAAACAGAAAACCAUUCUAAUAAUGACCGUAUUAACGCAAACACUAGGCUAAUUUUAAAACAAAAAGCCCAAAUAGAACAAAAGUUAUCUGUUUUGCUUAGCUCCUGCCACAGUGUAAAAGCAAACCUGCAGAACCAUAUUAAACCUGUAACUGCAACAACAAAAAAACAUAAGGAAAACCAGAACACAUUAAAAGAAAUAGGACAGAUUUAUAUUAUAUUAACACGCAAAUGGAAUAAGAGAAACACUAUAUCGAAUGGCUAAGGCAGACGAAAUGGAAAUGUAAUAUUUGCAAAUUAAGCAGAAAACAAAUGAACAAAACCACUAAACAUAACUAACAUGCGAUAAUAUGUUUAUAAACUGCUGUGACGUGGAGGAAAUCUCAGAGACGCGUGUGCAACAAAAUGAAAGCGAGUGAGAAAGAUAAUAAACAAGCGGCAGGACGAACGAUAUAGGGCAGGUUGAAUAAAUCAUCGAUUAAAAAUGGCUUUGAUAAUGGCACGUAGAUCGACGUGAAACACGAGGCAACGAGAGCAAAAACAAAAAAGGAAACAGAGUGUAACGUAGAUAGAUAGAUAGAAAAGAAGAGCGUUUAAGAAUGAGUUUUUUUUUACGUUGCAAACAAGAAAAAAGGAACAAGGCAGAGAAAAGUGCAAGUGAGCGAUAGGAAAAAAAUACCCCCAGCAGCAAGUAAAACCAAGGAGUGCGCGCAAGCAGCUUAACGGGUGGGAAGCGAGAAACAAAAAAGGUUAUUAAAAAUUAAUUUCAAUAAAAACAAACACAUUAACUAGAUGAUGCAGCGAACAACGCAAAAAAUCACAGCAAA